AUGAAGACCUUUGCACUUUUUGCCGCCGUUCUCGCGACUGCCGUCACGGCCGUCGACAUUCACCUCCAAAACUGGGGAGGCUGCGACGACGGAGGCGGUGGGUACAUCUGCUUCAACUGGAACCCGGACUCGUGCUGCAGCGUCAACGCCGGCCUCUUCUUCGCGAGCAUCUCGUUCCGUGCCAUCCCCGGCGAGUGGAACCUGCAGUGCCGUGGACACGCCGGUCCCAACUGCGGCGCCAUCCGCGAGCAGCAGGACAGCGGCGGCCGCGGCUACGUGUGCCUGGGCAACGGACCAUUUGGCGGUGGUGGCUACGGGUUCAAUAACAAGAAGAAGAUGGUUCGUGGCGUCCCCUCGGGCCUGGCUGCUCGUGAGGCCGAGUCGACCGGCUGCGUCGCACCCAACGUCAUGUACCUCGCCGACGGCACCCAGUACAACUACACCGCCAUCGUCGAGGCCAAACUGCCCGUUGAGGAGCUCGUCGCGCUCAACCAGGCUGGCGCGUCGGUUGCCGAUAUCCCCGAGAGCUUCGCCAUCUUCCAGCUUGCGGAGAAGCUUAAGCUGUAA